CCGCACGUAUUGGAACAGCUCUUCAUCAGUUUUCAGAGAUUGGACCAUGGCGCUCCUGCGACUUCAGCUGCAUCUGUCUCUGGUACACUUCCUCCCCUCGGACAUAGCUCCACCAACAAAUGUGGACAACGUGUUGGACUGCUUCAGCUCUUGCUUGAGAUACCAGCAGUGUGUCUCCCUGAUUUACAACAGGAACAACAAACAGUGCUACACCUAUCCAGGCAGGCUUGAAGUUCCCUUCUGGGGAACUGACAUCAAUACUGACUUGGACAUUUACAACACCAACAGAGAUGGAUAUGGUUGCCCAAGUCAUCUUGGUUAUGAUUUUAAUUCCCCGAUGAAUGUGUGUUUCAAAAUACACGGUGACGUUAAAUAUGGGCACUAUCAUGCUGAUAGAAUCUGCCUGUCCGAGGGAGCUCAUCUCAUCAGAAUCAAUUCAAGUGCAAAGGAUGAACUCGUGUCUGUCAUGUGGCCUAAAGGAUACGUGCAUAUCGAUGGCAUGUGUACAGUGGGCAAAGGCUGGAUGUACUCGAAUGGUGAUAAUGUAACCUACUUCAGAUGGAAGGACGAUCAACCUAACGGCAACUGCGGCACAUGGGGGAUGUGUCUGCACUCAGCCUCGUCUGGUUUCAAUGACAUCAAGUGUAGCCUUCCAUAUCCCUUCAUCUGCGAAAUCGAUAUAUAAAGCAGUAAACAAUUUGUCAUUAUUAAUUAUUUAAUCGUCUGGAUCUGUACUAUAUACAACACUAGCUUUGCAUCGAUACCUUUACUACAGUGUACUCCUUUACUCGUCAUUCUGUUCGUUAAACGUAAUGAUAGUAUUGGAUCUUUGAAACGACAUUCAUUUAUCUCCGAGCUUCAUUUACCUUUCUUAUAUUAAACAUGACUUUAGGUAUAUCCGAUUAAGUGUAUGUGGUCAUCCAUUGUCACGAUUUGAAUGUGGUUGUCACAACUGCAAUAUUGACGCACCUACGUACCUACGUCAAACAUAUUAGGAAAGGUGUAUAGAAAUAUAGAUGACUAUAUAGUGCAUUUGGUAUUGAAUGUAAUGAUUUAUUAUAAGGAACUUAGCUUAGCUCCGUGCUUUGUUGUAAAGGCUUUAAUGGGAAUAAGAGAAUAUUAGAAUACUGUAAAUAGUAUUCUACACAAGCACUGGUAAGAUGAAUGUUUAUAAUCAAGAGAGAAUCGUCAUUUUGUCUGGAUAUAUAACUGAAGCACUUUAAUGUAGAUGUUUAUUAUGCUUUUGAUGUUUGGUUAUACCCUAGAUGACGACUGAUCCAAUUACGAAUGCAUUUGGUACAAAGUCUCAACAGCAUGUUUACCACUUUUACAUUCUUUGUCGAUACCCAAGGUAAUAAAACUGUAGCUGUAACCUUUUGGGCCUUCACGAAAUACGCCAAGAUUAAACGCAUUCGGCGUGAGCACGUGCGUGUGCUUGUGCGUGUGCGUGUGCGUGUAUUACCUAUGUAUUAUUUAUUAAUACUAGGUUGAUAUUAGAUUAUUAAGUUGUCAAGACAGUAAGGAAAUGACCCAUGUUACCCUUUUCCUUCAACAAACCGUUAUCCAAAGCUAUAAUUGUCUUGUCUAAACAAUGGUCAUACAACACUCAUUUCCUCCCCUACAACCUUAUAAAGGUUCGACAUGAUCAUCUGAAUCUUUACCAAUCUCUUCUCUACACCUUGAGAUCAAUCAGGACGAUGUAUGAAGUAAGUCCUUCCAAAGAUUUGUAAUCGUUGGAUAUAAUUUUUAUCCUUAUUAUACGGUUAUAGCAAGCACACUGUUAUAACAGACGAUUUUGAUCGUCGAAUAUUACUCCAGUGAUCCAUUGGAUCCGUGGCAGUAACGGUUUCCUUUCUUCUGUGUAUGUUGAUACCCACAGUCUGGGAAUAGAAAAUAUCAAAGUAUCUAACAAAGGAUCUCUUUUUACAUUGUUAGGUUUACCUUUCAAAAUAAUGCUAAAAAGGAGUUAAUAUGCAAUGGUAUAUGUUGGUAUAUCCGUAUAUCACUAUGGGACCUAAGGAAUGUAAUGCGUUUCCCAUGUGCUUUCAAACUACAGUUGUACAUUCAUUUCAUUUCUAGAUAUCAAAUGGCUAUAUGUUUCGUUAAUGUGUUGCUCUUCCAGUGAGACUUUACUCAAAAUCUUUCGUGAA